AUGGCGAGUCAACUAAAAAAUACGUUUGUGGCACAGUCAAUAUCAAAAUUAUAUCUAAAUGCUGAAUUGUGUGACGUUAAAUUUGUGUUAAAAGAUCAUCAGAUACCCGCGCAUAAAUACAUUUUAGCUGUGGCCAGUCCAGUGUUUAAUGCGAUGUUUUUCGGGCCAAUCAAAGAAGAACAAGAAAAAAUUGAAAUAGUCGAUGCUACAAUUAAUGGGUUCAAAGAAUUCAUACAGUUUUUUUAUCUGGGCGAAGUAACGCUUACAAUGGAACACAUUGUGGAAGUUGCUCGAUUGGCAGACAAAUACGAUAUGAUUGACUGUAUGAAUAUGUGCGCCGAAUUUUUGGAGUCUCAAUUGACCGAAACGGAUAUGUUUUGGGGUUAUCAACUGGCGAUUACUCUUGGAAAUGAAAAACUAAAACAAUUUUGUGCGAAACAAAUCAGCGUUCAACCAUUGGACAUAUUUAAAACUGAAACAUUUCUUCGUUGUGAUCAAAAUGUGUUGCGAAACAUUCUGGAGAUUGAAUCAUUGCAGUGCUCUGAGAAUGAUAUAUUCAAGGCAUGUCUAGAGUGGGCAAAAUGUGCAUGUGAUAAAAAUGAACUCGAUCAAAAUGUUGCCGAACAUUUGAAAGCCGAAUUGGGCGAUUGUUUCUAUUUGAUUCGAUUCGGUACCAUUCCAACCGAAGAAUUUGCCAAACACAUUUCGAAUGAAUUGUACAAGGAUUUAUUUACGCGAGACGAAUUGGCCGAUGUUCUGUGUGCGACAACAGUGAAAGAUUUUAAAUCGACUAAAUUUAGUCAAACACCACGAACGAAAAUUUGGAACACGGUGGAAAAAUUGAUAUGCGAUCGAGAACAACGUUCAGCGUAUGGAGAUUGGGGUGAAUAUCCAAUAAAAAAUGUCGAAUCCACCCGAUUUUCAACCAACAUUCAAGUGCUGCUGGGCGAAUUCAACUUUGCUCUCAUCAAAAAUUUCUACAACAGUGCCGUUUCAAUCCAUUUCAAUGUUAGCAUUGACGAAGUAAAUGCGGAAACAUGGAUAACAAUUAGGACUUUGUUCAGCGGAAAAGUGACAGCGAACAAUGAGUCUAUACGAUUUCUAUUGCCAUGGCCGUUGAUCAUUGAUCCAAAGAAAACGUAUGAAAUCCGAUUUGAACAUAAUUCAAGCUGCGGUGACUGCUUUCAUACUUCGACAUGGCAAUCGUUCGUCAAAAUUGACGAAGAACUAACAGUAACGUUUCAUCAAAAUCCAAAUGACAAUCAAAACAACGAACACAGCGGUUUGGUGUCGAAAAUGUUCUUCAGUAGAAUUUAA